GCAGCGCCGGCCAUCCCGUCUGCCCGCCGGUACCACCGCCCGUCUCAAAACCACGGUCUCGCUUCCCACUGUAUCAAAUCGCCUUUCUCCCCGCCCGCUGGUUGCGCGGUUUCCUGCAACCUAUAAAUCGAGCCGGAGAACCUCACCUGUCCAUCCAUCUCAUCUCAUCCAACUCACACUACUACUGAUCUCAGCUAGGUGUACUUGAGUUCACUAGCUAGCUCUCUCCCACGAAGAUGUCUACGGUGACUCGUGCCCACCUCGACCAGAGGCUCGCCGCCGCCAAGCGCUGCUCCAAAGAGGCUGCCAUGGCGGGAGCCAAGGCCGCGGCCGUCGCCACCGUCGCUGCCGCAGUCCCCACGCUGGCGAGCGUGAGGAUGCUGCCGUGGGCCAAGGCACACCUGAACCCCACCGGGCAGGCGCUUAUCAUCUCCACCGUCGCCGGGAUGGCCUACUUCAUCGUCGCCGACAAGACCAUCCUCUCCAUGGCCAGGAAGCACUCCUUCGACGACGCGCCGGAGCACCUCAAGAACACCUCCUUCCACUAAUUAGACUAUAAUAGUAGAUCCAUUAGUAGUGCGCAAUAAACUGCAAGCACUUAUCUGAUAAUGAUGUUCAGCCAGCUGAGAAGCGACGACUUAUCUGAUGAUGCGUGCAAGCACUUAUCUGAUUAUGUACUAAUAAUGUAGCCGUGUAUCUUACUACUAUCUUUCCACUUAUCUGAUUAUGUACUAAUAAUGUAGCCGUGUAUCUUACUACUAUCUUUCCAGAGAUCUUGAACUAAUAAAGAUUAAAGACUA